AUGAGCGACGACGAUCAUCCUGUGCGCUUUCCAACGCCCUGGUACAAGCGACCUCGCAUUCCCUUCGGUCUGGCACUUCUGUCCGUCGUAGUUACGACGUCUGCGGCCAUCGCCAUCCCUCUCGCGGUCCUCUCAUUCAACGGCGCAACGAGGGCGACGGAUUCCAUGACCGAGGCGCUGAGGGUGCAGCUUGUGAAAUCCGUGUCGGAAGACGUGAUUCGCUUAGCUUCCAGAUGCUUUGCGGCCCUUGACGAUAUCCAAAGUCUUGACAACAUAGGGAAGUAUCUGGCUGCCUACAAAGUAAACGAGACUACGAAGAUCACGGAUGAACCGUACAAGUCCUUGAUCGUCAACGAUCUGAUCACCGUUGCUAGUCGCUACGGACUUAUCGUUGCCUAUAAUGUAGCUGGACGUCUUCCUGCAGUCGGAAAUGCGGAGGACUUGCUCGUCGGACCGCUCGUUCCGCCGGGGGUGUACCCUGCCCGAAUAUGCAACGACUUGAACGUUACCCAUCAGAGUUGCGAUAACGGCGUGUGGAUGAAGAUGGGCAACACCUGGGAUCGAACGAUCACCUUCGUUCCCUCGCCUCCUCCUGUUCCUUUUGUUCCAAACGAGCCCCGCAAGACCGACGAGGCACUUCCUGCGACCGAGGCUGGGAUGUGGAUGCCAACCUCCAUCUUCUUAAGUCAAGGGGACUAUAAACCCAUUAAGGCCUGUUUUAGAGCGCCUUCCUUUUUCGACAGGACUCCGCCGACCAGCCCCACGGACAUUCGCAUGGGGAACUACACAGCGAUAUACAGCGCUGUGUAUGAACUCGGCGACAUCACGAAGUACUUAAUGACCGUGACGCCUACGCCGAACUCCGUGGUUGCAGUAUUUGACAUUAAGGACGGCGGCCUUGUCGGGGUGAGCAAACCAAAUCUCACCGUCAAGCCUGCCAACGAUGGCGUUGUGAACAUUAUCGACGUAAAUCACCGUCUCCUGCGCGAAGCCGCGGCCUCCAUGCAUUCCCACUACGGGCAGACAUGGACGAAGGUCCCAGACCGCGUGGAUAUGGAAGUGAGCACAUCGCAAGGACAAGCCCUCGUUAGUCUUAAGACCAUCACAACGGACAUCCCGCUUGGAUGGGUGGUAUUCAUCGUGAUCCCCGAAUCCGAUCUGAUCGGGGCGAUGACGGACGCGCGCAAACGUGCCGGGAUAGCAGUAGGCAUUACCUCCGUCUGCGCGUUCCUCCUCGCCGUCGCUGUCAGCUAUGUCUUCGUUUGGCCGAUCAAGCGACUUUCUCUCGUGAUGGAAGCCGCGACAAAGUUCGAUUUCUCGGCGGUGUCCACGGGCGGAAUGCAGAAGCGGUCGUUCCUGCUUGAGUUGGCGACGAUGGAGGAAGCGUUCGCCGUUAUGUUGAGGAAGUUCUCGACCGCCAUUGUGGCGAACAAGAAUCUGGCAAGUCGAGGGGGUGGGACGAGCUCAAUGACGACCUCGCGGGACCAGAUGGCUGCGUCGCUCGCGGCGUCUAAGGCAAAGUUGUUGAAAAAUUUGUCGGCGAACGCUCUACCUUCAUAUUAA